UCCAAGCGCGCAUUUAACUUUAGUUACAACUUCUGCGUUGAAGACUGAGGUCUGUUUGUCUAUAUUUUUUUUUUUUCCAUGAACUGCUUUACAUUAUUAUCCUACAGCAUUGUGAUCCAAUCCAUUUCAGAAGGUUGAGAGGCAUCAGAAUAAGGAAUAUAGAUUUUUUUUUUAAUUUUUUUUUCUCUGCAAGGUGGGAACGUCGAGCCACCCAGCACAUGCAUCUCUGAUUUUUAAGUGUGUUUUUUUUUUGUUUGUUCCUGUAAGACACUUCAAGUCUUUUGUGUUGAAGAUGGAAGCUAAGAUGCACAUGAAAGAGUGGCUCAUAACUCAGAUAGAGAGUGGGAAAUAUGAGGGGCUGAGCUGGGAAGAUGACAGCAAAACCAUGUUCAGGAUCCCGUGGAAGCACGCAGCCAAGAAGGACUACAAGCAGACGGAGGACGCGGCUCUCUUUAAGGCAUGGGCUGUAUAUAAGGGUAAGUACAGGGAGGGGAGGGACAGAGCCGACCCCACCAUGUGGAAGACCCGUCUACGCUGUGCACUCAACAAGAGUACAGAUUUCCAUGAGGUCCCUGAACGCAACCAGCUGGACAUCACUGAGCCUUAUAAAGUCUACCUUAUCCAGUACGACAAUGUGCCUGCCAGGCCAGCAGAGUCUCCCCAGAUAAAAGAUCAAGUCAUCCAGGCUCAGAGGUCUCAAAGGAGCCCGGCUUUUCUGGACAAACAUCUCCACUGUCAAAAGGAAUCAUUUCACAGAAGUAAAGAAGAAGUAAAACCAUUACCCGAUGAUCUGAUGAAGGAGCACAUGUAUUGUGAGCUCACAAGAAAAAAGAGGCAAAAUCAGAGCCCUGCUUCUAUAACCUUCCUCAGCCCGACACUCAACAUAUCAGACUUUCGUAUGCAGGUGACGUUGUUGUACCAGGGCCAGCGGGUGAUGAAGGUGACCACCAGGAGCCCAGAAGGGUGCUUCAUCCUGCAGGGCCGCGUCCCCUUAGGAAACGAGCGGAUCUACGGGCCCUGCACCGCCCAGCAGCUCUCCUUCCCCUCGCCGGGCUCCAUGUCCCUGCCGCCAUGGCUGGCCGAAGCAAUGAACCGCCUCCUGUGUCACCUGGAGAGGGGCGUGCUACUGUGGGUGGCCCCAGACGGGGUGUUCAUCAAGCGGUUCUGCCAGGGCCGGGUGUACUGGAGCGGUCCCAUGGCCCAACACGCUGACCAGCCCAACAAACUGGAGCGAGAAAAGACCUUCAAACUGCUUGAUAUACCCACAUUUCUCAACGAGCUCCAGAGCUGUUUACAGGGGAAGAGAGCGACACCUUCUUAUGAGAUUGAGCUCUGCUUCGGAGAGGAGUAUCCAGACCCCAACGUGCCUAAAACCAGGAAGCUGAUCAUGGCAAAGGUGGUGCCCUUGUUUGCAGUGGAGCUGCUGCAGAAGUUCAACUUCGGAGAGAUCGAGGAGAAGCGGACGGUUCUCGACUCCAACAUGGAGGGAGAGAAGAUGUAGGAGGAAAGGGAAAAGCUACCCUGAACCGGGGGGGCAUCCAUGAACUAUAUACAAGUGGAUAAUAAAGCUUCAGUCAUUCCCUGUCAUCAUCAUGAAAGACACCCUAAGAGCAAACAAUACAGAGUGUCAACCGUGGAAAUGUGUACAUGAUGACAGAACGAUGGAGGUGUUGUAUUAAAGACCUGUUUGCGAUGUAUAAAGGGAUUUUUUGCACCUUAUAUAGAUUUUUUCUCUGUCCACCGUGCAGCUAGAAUGGCAAUAGUUAUUAGCUGUUGUUAAAGCAUAAAUCUUCAAUUAAACGUGCUGAAAACAUCUGUGUAUGUAGCUGUAUAGGCCAGUGUGUGUUAAUGUAGGUUUGUCCUCUGGAGAGCCGCUCAUCUGAUUGAAUCACUUCACACUUGAUGGGUGUAUCACUGGGGCCCCCGAGGGAGUGCCAUAAAGGAUUUGGUGCAAUUUGGAUAUGUUCAAUACUAAUAAACUUUGAAUAAACGACCGGACAGUGAUUUGUUUAGUAGAAGGGGGACGGGGCUCUAGGACACCUGCACAGUGUUGCCAGAUUGGGCUGGUUUGCUCCCAUAUGGUGUACUUUUGAUGGAAGUGAAAAAAAAGGGCUGGGCUGGUAAAUUAAAUUUUGGUUGCUUUAGUUAACAUUUGGUGUGUUGUUGUUUUUUUCAUAUUGUGAAAAUAAUCACCAAACAAGCAGAUACAAAACAUAUUAAACC